GAGUCCAAGGCAGGCAGAGGUAAAAGGCUGCCGAAUGAGACAGAUACCGAGUGGACGGACAAAAACAUGACCGGGAAGGACGAGUUCGUUCGGUAUUCGCCCCUCCCCGCGAACCCUACCCCUGAUCCUGACCCGCCGAGUCAAAACGUCAUCGUAAUCCUCCCCGCCUACCGUCCUCCCUACAGCCGUCGCCACCGUCGCUAUCUCUACUGCUCCGGCGCACUCUUCCUCAUCUUUCUGCUAGCCGCCGCUACUUUCUUCCUUUACCCGUCGGAUCCCGAUAUUCGGGUUGCCCGAUUGCAUCUCAAUCACAUUGGGAUCAAGACCUCCCCAAAACUCGUCCUUGACGUUUCGUUCUUCCUCACUGUUAAGGUCCGGAAUAGAAAUUUCUUCUCUCUUUCUUAUGAUUCCAUUAACGUGUCGGUGGGUUACCGAGGGAGAGAGCUCGGGAGUGUGAGUUCUAACGGUGGUCGACUCAGAGCGAGGGGUUCGUCGUACAUGAACGCCACGCUUGAUCUCAAUGGAUUUCAGGUCAUCCAUGACGUCUUUUACUUGCUUGAAGAUUUGGCUAAGGGUGUCAUUCCCUUCGAUGCUGAAACGCGAGUCAAAGGGACUCUCGGGCUGCUCUUCUUCAACUUUCCGUUGAAGGCUACAGUAUCAUGUCUGGUGUAUGUGAAUACAAAUAACCAGACUGUCAUCCGGCAAGACUGCUACCCUGAGUCAUUGGGUUGAAAAUAAAGGACUCACACUAUGGCCUGAUAAUAGUACGUUGGAGCUGAGUCAUUGGAGCUGGAGAUAUUUGUUCAUUACCAAAUUUACUGCAUCCUUCACGCAGUGGUGUAAAUGGACUAUAUUAUUGUGCUGUAUAUGAAAUAUGAGUCAGGCCCUUGUAAAUAACUACGUGUGGAUCCAAUUUAGCUGGCCAAGAAUCUUCCACUUCUCUUGUAGAAAGCUCUAUCGCGGCACUAAAGGCAUUAAAACUAAAAAUUAUGGAUGUCACACACCUGUGUGUCUGUAAGUUUUGUGGGUGAUCAAGAGAAAUUAGCAUCCUGCAUUGAAAAGCCAAGCCGUUGUAUUGUGGCAGAAA